UACUGCAGUUCAUAAAGAGCAUGACUUGGAUGGGCUUAGAAUUUGGGCGAGCAGCUUGGCUGCUGGCUGUGCUCGCUGCGGCAGCUGCCACUGUGGAUCAUGAGACGAUGCUCUGCGCGAAUGACAACACGCCCAUGUGUGGCCGCAGCCAGGGCGAGUAUCUGCUGUUCAAGAACGAGUGCGACUUGCGCAAGGCGCAGCGCGAAAACCUAAUGGGCGGCCCACUGUUUGAUGUCGCCUUGCACAACUGUUUGCCCAGCUGUGAUCUAGAGUGCGAAGCGGUCGUUCAGCCCGUUUGCGGCGUGAGCGUGGCCACGGGUGAGCGCAAGAGCUUCCGGAACCGCUGCGAGAUGAUGCGCACCAGCUGCCUGACCAGGUCCGAUUGGCUGGAGCACAAGUGGGGCGCCUGCCCACGUGGCCAAAAGCCGCCCAAGCAGCCGGCGCACACUGUGCUCGUGGGCCAGCGCAAGCGGCGUCGCCCGAUACCCUGUACGAAUGUCUAUAGGCCGGUGUGUGCCAGCUAUGCAGGCGUGAAGUCCACCUUCUCCAACGAGUGUCUGGUCAAUGCGGAGAACAUACGCACCCGCAGAAAUUGGCGCAUUGUGUCGGAGGGUCUGUGCGGCGAGGACAGCACCAAGAUGAAGCACAAUCGCAAGUGGAAGCCCAAGACGAAGCCCAAGGCGGAGAUGGAGCGCAGCAAGCGCAGCUACAAGCAGGUCAACCAAUUGGACGACUUCGAGAUAGCCGAGGAUGCCGUGCAAAUCUUUGCGCCCUCCACGUUUCACACUCAAUUCAUCAGCAACUCCGGCACCAUGGAAAAGAGUUACUCGCUGCCCGCCCGCAAGCCCUAUCAGUCGGAUAGAGCCCAGGGCUCAGCUAGGCGUAUCUAUGGCAGCAGCCAAACGAAAUCCCGCCCUGGCUAUGCCAACGAGGUGCAGCCACCCAGACGCGUGAGCUCAAAGUCCUGCGUGUUCAGUAAUGAACCCGUUUGCGGCAGCUUCAAUGGCGAGAGUCGCACUUUCGACAAUGUGUGCGCUUUGAUGGAGUACAGUCAAACGGUGGGCAAUGCCUGGACCAUUCUGUAUGAGGGCCCCUGCCGGCGCUGCGAUAAGCCCUGCCCCAGCAAAUACAGCCCGGUUUGCGCGACCCGCAACGGCAUAAGCUACACCAUCAUCAACGAGUGCUACCUGGAGCGUGUGCGCUGCAAGGAUCCCAACAGCAAUUGGAAGAUCGCGCACAAAGGCGAGUGCGUCCUGCCCGCCGAGGAGGUGGCUCAGAGCUUGCCCCCACCCAGCCCCAAGCCAUCGGCUCGCAUACCCCACAUGCUUUACGCCGUUAAGCCCACCAGCAGCAAUAAUGGCACCUUAUCGACAACCACAUUCAGACUCAGAGCCUGGGCCAAGCCGCGGGCUCCCACGCAAACCACAGCAAUUCCUUUGCCACGUCGCUUGCUGAGGAAAUCCAAGCGACCAACGCCCACGCCCACGCCCAAAGACCUGAGCAAUCGCAAGAUACGCAAAAUAGAGGCAACCAUCUUCCAAGGCUUCAAUGCGAACAGCUACAGCAAAGAAGCACAGCCCACGCCCCUUAAGGCUCCAUCCACAACCAAGCUGUGGUCCGCCAAGGACAGCUGGCAGACUCAACAGUUGCCGGAGAGUGGCAAGGACGUGUAUCACAAGAGGCCGCAUCAUAAGAAGGCGCACAGUGAGAAGUAUCCGCACUACAACUGGCAACAGGCUCUAACCACGCCACGCCCCACUGUGCCGACCACCACACCCGCACCACUUAACACACUUGAGGGCAUUGCGAAUGCGCAUUUGCUCAGUUUCGAUAUGAAAUCUGCGGCGGAAAUCUUUGGCGAGAUCGAAGCCGAUACGGAAAUACUCUUUAUGAUGGACAGCACAGCGGCAACGGCAAAUGCAGUUGAAACGGAAUCCACCACACGUGAAGCAACCACACUAGCAACCACGCGGGCAUCCACAACAGAGCCCACGGUUCCCUCAACUGAAUAUGCCACGCCCACAGCACCACCAAUCACAAUUACAACGACGACAACAGUGGCACCCUUCAGCACUGAAGACACUACAUCUGAGCGGGAUGCAGAGGAAUCUUCCACAGAUCUGUCCACGAACAGCAUCUUUGAUGUGGCUACCAGCGAGAGUCUGGAUCUAAGCACAGCGGAUGAAGCGGAGGCAACCGCAACCACAGCAGCUACAACCACAACAACGACAAGUGAAGAUACGGUUGUAAGCGACCCAUCAACAACUUCCAACGUGGACUAUUUGUCGGACGAGCCGAUGAGCACACAAAGCGAUCAGACCUCGAUAUAUGGGCUGGAUAAGAACUCGCUGAUCAUGCGUCUCUUGCGGGCUAGGAGUGGCAAAAAUAUGGUAUUAUAAUUUGUCUGUAAGUCAGUUAUUGUUUCAGUGAUAUAAGUGCUAUGUUAUUUAGAUUAAUAUACAUUUAAA